AUGGUCGGAAUUUUCUCCAGAUUUUCGGUUAGGAGUGGCCAUCGCCGAGCUCAAAGUGCACUUGACGAGAGAGAAGCAUUGCCUCCAAGGUCUGAGGUGACCGCGAAUUCAACUUUAGCUUCGUCAGCAUCUACUGCCGCCCAUGGUAUUGAUAUUGCUGUUGAGUUUAAGCCAGUCGAGCGGCCAACCGAGCCACUUGACAAUGAUCAACCGAUCCAAUGUCCGCUGCCUGAGCCGUCAAUCCUUAAUGAUGGAAGAAUAUGGAAAGAAAGAGUUUCAUCAGGUGUGCAAAGAAGGGCUGAUAUGCCGACUGUGCAGGAUCAAACUCCUGUCAGAUCAGGGUCUCUCUCAAGAAAACCUCGCCCUUCUAACCGGGUUAUCCUGCCAUCUGUGAGUGCCCCGGAGCAUAAUAUCUUAAAACUGCUUGACGAGUGCAAUACAUCAGGAUUAUAA